CCUCCGGCAGCCCGGGGUGUGUGUUGUGUGUGUGUAGAAGGCGGCUGCGGAGCUGGAACAGGAACGCUGCUCCGGGCGGGCACGUGCCCCGGGAACCUCAGCUCUAAGCUCUGCCUCGCCUUGCCGCCGCCCGUUCUCCGCUUUCCUGCUGCAGAAGAGGAGAGUGCGAAUGCGGAACGGCGAGGAAGGCAAGAGGAAAGCGCGAGGAGGAGGCUUCCCCCCCCGCCCCGCUCACCCCGCCUCCCUCCCGCUGGAGGGGAAGAAGAGCCAGCUCCGUUCCGCACCGGGGAGGUGGGGGAGCAGAAGCGGCAGCAGCAGCAGCAUCCGAACAGUGGAGCAGCCACUACAGCACCUUUCGCUCCGCAGCGCCUUCUUCCUCCUCUCCUGGGUGUUCCCCUCGUCGCCGUCCGCCGCAAUGGAGCCGGGAGCAGCCGUAGGGAGCGCGGCUCUUUUCCUGGCCGCCGGCGAACAGCAGGGCUACUCGGAGCUCUUCUCGCUCUGCUGCGGCAGCGGCCAAGCGGCGCCCGAGGCGGGCACAGGGCCGGCACCGGCCCCCACCGCUGGGGGCAGCAAAGUGGCGGAGUUGUUCAGGGCGUCGCAACUCCCUGCGGAGACGCUUCAUCAGAUCACAGAAUUGUGCGGUGCUAAACGUGUUGGUUAUUUUGGUCGUACCCAGUUUUUUGUUGCUCUGAAGUUAAUUGCGGCUGCGCAGUCUGGUCUCCCAGUACGAAUAGAGAACAUUCAGAACGAAUUGCCCUUGCCUCGAUUUAUGGCACUGAAAAUUGAUGCUGAAAUGAGGUACAGUCAUCCAUCAGAGCCACAUGGAGCUAAAUUUCAGAUUCCACAUGCAACUGUAGAAAAAAAUUGCUUCAGAAGAUUGGAUGAAGGAGAGAAACAGCAAGAAGCAGAGUCUCCUCCUUUGUCUCCCAUUGGUUCACCACCUGCUUCUCCAUCAAGCUACCAGAGAAUUCCCUUGAGUUAUGGGUAUGGUAUAUUGAGGAGUGGACUUGAACAGCAGCAUGGGGGUUCCUACGAAGCGAGGCAUUCAACUCAAAAACAAGAUGGACCAACAUCAGGGAAUUACGGAUCCAAAUCAGUGCCAACACAUUCCUCUCUCAUUCGGUCUCUUUCAGUAGAGAGAGAACCACAAGACAGCAGUAGUAAUUACCCAGAUGACCCUUGGAGAAUAACUGAGGAACAACGAGAAUAUUACAUCAACCAGUUCAAGUCCCUGCAACCUGACCUGCACUCUUUCAUUUCAGGUUCUGUAGCUAAAAACUUCUUCACAAAAUCUAAGCUGCCCAUCCCUGAACUUUCGCACAUAUGGGAACUUAGUGAUGUAGACUGUGAUGGGGCAUUGACACUAGCAGAGUUCUGUGCUGCCUUCCACCUUGUUGUUGCUCGGAAAAAUGGUUAUCUUUUGCCAGACACCUUGCCAGAGACUCUGCUGCCGGACUGUCUUCAAACAGCUUCCCUUAAGGCAAAAUGUGAUUGUGUUUUGAAUUCUUAUUCGGAAUCAUUAUCUAUAGGUCAACAAACAAGAGACUUCGGUAGAACUGAGCUUGAAACUGUCCGUGAGGAUCCAAACAACUCAGAGCCUUUAAUCCUCUUUGAGGCGACUUCUGUUGAACCAGAGACAUCGCUUGAAGAUACGCCGGAUAAAACUGCACUGACAAAGGACACAGUUAAUGAUGACAAACAAGGUCUGAAAGUUAGUGCUUCUGCCCAAACAAUACCAAAGGAAUUUAAAACAUCUCAUCACUUGGCUGUCAAAACAGUUGCUCAGGAAUCAAGCAUCCUCAAAGCAAGACCAAGGUCCAGGUCUUAUUCUAGCACAUCUAUUGAAGAUGCAAUGAAAAAAGGGGGGGAACCACCAACCCCCCCACCAAGGCCACAGAAGUCACAUUCCAGAGCAUCUUCUUUAGAUCUGAAUAAAAUCUUCCAGCAAAACACGCAAGCUAGAGCAGGUUGGCUACCACCACCACCCCCUGCUCUACCUCCUAGGCCCUUGGGAUCACAGGUUUCUCAUCAUAUUGCAAACGCUGAACCAAAUGCUCAACUCAAAUCAACCUAUGUUGAUUUCAGACUUCAGGAACAGGUGGGACAGGAACCUGAUAUUGAAACACAUUUGCCAGUAAACAGAACCUCAUUACAGGAAGAAGAAAGCAGCCCCGUGAAAAAGGAAGUUUUGCUUACACAGCCACCAUCAAAACCAAUCCGCAGGAAAUUCCGACCUGAAGGCCAGAUGCUGGAGAACCAGGAACUUUCUCCCACUAAAAGUGUAGCACCUUCCUUGCCUGCCAUCAAGACUCACCAUUCAGUUCCAAAGCAGUCUUCAAAACAGAAGAAAGCUAUUCAGACUGCUAUUCGUAAAAACAAAGAAGCCAACGCAGUGCUAGCUAGGUUGAACAGUGAACUCCAGCAACAACUGAAGGAAGUUCACAAAGAGCGAAGUGCACUGGAAACUCAGUUGGAGCAGCUCCGACCUGUAACUGUCCUAUGACAGUCCACAAUAGAGAGUAUUAUGGACCUUUAGAUUUUUAUCAGCACAAGAGAUUGGCAUAAUCUUUUCACUAAGGCAACAUCAUUUGGUGGGGGAGAUGGUGCAAAUGACUGCCGCCACCCCCACCCCACCCCAAUUUCUUGCACUAGUUUACCUUGCAAAUGAGGAAGGUACAAAAUCUGAAUGUCAAACCAUAUGCCCAGGAAAUCAAACUUGGUUCCCCAUUGAUUCUUUAGGAAUGUCUGUUCAUCUAUCUCUUAUUAGUAGUAUUUUAUUUAUUCUAAGAAUUAUUGAUUUAUAAGCAGUUGGGGAGGGGAAGACAUUUCAAAUAUUAAUACUUCCACAGCACUUUAUACAAGAUCAUCAUACUUUAAAUAUCUGUGAUUUUUCAGGAUCUCUCUAGUUUUAGAAUAAAUUAAAGUAGUUUCUACAUAAUGUUGUACCACUUUUGUAUGCGCAUGACCAUCAACUAAUUUUCUGCAAUCCCCUCUAAUAACUGAUCAUUCCUUGAUGUAGUGCACAAACAUAGCAGUGUUGAUAUAAUUUGCGCGCGCACACACCUCUAUCUAAAACAUAUGCCUGGAUAGUUCUGCCCAUUUUCCUUCCUGCCUGUAUAUCAACCUCUGCAUCUCAGCCUCUCUGCAGUAGUUGUCAUCAGUGCUCACAUGUUGUUGGGAAAAAUGGAGUGCCGUAGAGCUCUCUCUCCUGACUGGGAGCCUUUGCAAUUGUAGCAGAUUUUAUGGAUGCGGCACAUCCCCGAGGCUAUCUGAUGAUGUGGUUCACAAGACUGCCUGUAGACUCAAUUUAUGGGGAUUCAUGGGGUUCAUCUGUCUGCACUCGCAUGCAGAUGCCUCAGCCCUGGUGUCCAUCAGUGUUCUUUAUGCUGCUGCAUGCAACCCACAUGCUUGGCACACAGGGCAUGUGCUACAGUUGAUAGAGGGCAUCUUCACCCACAGUCGCAUGCUGUGCAAUGCCUGGGCAUGCUAGUGGGUUGUACUGGCACAAUAAAACUCAUGGUCCAUGUAUUUUUUUUUAAUUACAGUAUUUUACUGAUUAAAUGCUACCCAAUCAUUCAAUCAUUAUUAUGGUCCAUAGACCAGCAAAGAAAAAUAUAUAAAUAGAAUACAAACCAACAAAAAGAUGGAAUAAUUCUGCCCAGUAGCAGAAUAUGUAAUUCCAGAACUUAGAGACUCGUAGAUUUUGACAACGGGAUAUUUUGAUUGCUUAUUUCUUACUAUAUAACCAGCAAGGCAGUACCUAGAGGCUUUCUGUCUGACGUGUCUUAUUUGCUUUAUAUAUAUAGAAUAUAUUUAUGUGCUGUGAGUUAAGGUUCCUGGUAAGUUUGCAUAUUUUGUUUUGCCUUUCCGUUGUGGCUUCAUAGGUCUUGCUUUAUGGUCUUGAUGAUUAUUUUUUUUGUCACCUUUCCUAUUCAUUUUGCACAACUUGACCCCAAGGAAGUCCAACUGAAUUCAGUAAGACUUAACUUCUGUGGAGUGAAGCUUCAUGAGGACCUAGCUGCUUGCCCUUCCAUAGUAUGCCUGGGGUUGACUGAUUGCAUUUAAUAUACAGUAUAUCGUCCUUGGUUUCCAUAUUGAGAUUAAGUAGCAUUAAGAAGAGUGGUCUUUGGGAAGAACAGACAUGUAGAGAAAGUAGUUAUGUUUUUUCAACUUGGCUUUUUCUUAGGUUCAUGUUUCUUGAGCACCAUCACAAAAUAGAGUAUAUAUGUGAUAUCCUCUAUAUAGAAGAUGUGGUGAAGACAGUAGGCUUGGGGAGCUUUAAAAGGGCAUUAAACAAACUCAUAGAGAAUGGGACUUAUUAACAACUGUUAGCCAUGAUAGUUAAAUAGAAGCUUUUUAUUUAGUUGCUGGGGGACAAACAGUAGGGAAGGGCUAAUGCUUUUCACGCCCUGCUUCCUGGGAGCAUCUGUCUGGCCAUUGCCAGAAAUAGGGUGCAGAUGGGCCAGUAGGACUUUUCUUACUUUCUAAUCACUCAUUGCCUUUCCUUCUUCUCUUUCUUUACUUAAAUGUUCUUUCUCUUCCUAUUAUUGUAAAGUAAGUAUAAUUUCAGAUAUCAGAAAAUUCUGCCUACAGGGAUAAGCUCCAAGAGCCCUUACUUUAGUCUUCAUAGAACAAAAGUCUUAAUCAUUUGAAUAAACAUAGUGGCCAACUUCAGACAUAACAUGAAACCAGAGGUUGGUGAACCCACCGUUUCAGUUAAAUCGUACUGCAGACGUUCGUCCAACCACAGUCUGCUAACCUCCUGUUCCAGGAGAAGAGAGCCUCUCCCUGCUGCCUGGCCACUGAUGCUAAUCCCAGCAAGCUCCAUGGCAAGACUGUGGGCAAGCAUCAGCAUGCCAGCAGAGCAGCUGUGAUUGGCCACGAUCUUGAAAGGGAUGUGCUGAGUGCAAUCAUGCAUUUUCGGAGCAGUACACUGGCCCUUGGCAUGGAAAGGGUAUUUAAAUCCCUUUAAAUGCCAUGCCAUGCCAGCACUGCUUGUUACAGCGAUGGCACUGCCACCGUCCAAAGAGUCUUGCACCUAAAUAGACUCACAGAAGCAUGAUUAAUUUGAGAGGGGGUGUCGGGGGGGGCCCUAUUUCCCUGUUACUCAGGUAAUGGAAGGGAACACGAAGACUUCAUAGGAAGGAAUAUGUAUAUGAUGAAGAAAAGGAUCCUGUGGGGGAGGGGCUGUCCCUCCGUGACCGACCUAGGAUACUGUUGUGAGGGAUCACCCCAUCAAAGCAAUUCAUGCAGACCAAACUACACUCCUGCUCAUGAGGCUAUCCUCAUGAGAGGGCCAGUUGGCUGGGGAGGACAAUGGGGCUGUAAGCCUUAGGUCUCCAGUAGGACUGCACACUCAUGAGUUGAGCUAACCCAAGAAAGGGGAAUCUGAAUGUGUGGGGCGCCCAGCUUUCCAUGGAAAAAGAUAGCACAGAAGCACUGCUCCAGCCCCCCUCCCCCCAUGAAGCCUUGCACGCACCCAAAGGAGAUUUUGAUGCUCCAUGUGUCAGAGCUUGGCCAUUUGUGCAGACGGGGGAACACCGGAUUCCUGGACAGAUCUUUAAACCCAUUCAAAAUCCCCGGGUUUGGUCCACCGUUGCACCAUAUGUAGAAUCACAGGAGAGACGAGCCCCAAUUUCCAGGGACCCUAGGAGAGUGGUGUCGCUGUUUCGGGGCACAAGCAAGGGUACACAUGCCCACAUGGGCAGACAGACUGGCAGGGAGAAAGCUUUGACAGCUACUUGGCGGCAGUCACCAAAACAGAGAGAACAGUCACUGAGAUACCUGUCCCCGCGGCUUUCCUCCAAACUGCAAUCUGGCUCAAUAUAGAGCCCCAAUGGCCUGACACUCUCUUGAGAGAGUGGCCCAUGGGAAAGGGGGUUGUUCUCUCCCCUCCCAUCUAAUGGUUCUUCUCUCCCCUCCCAUCUAAUGGUUCUUCUCAUGAGUUGUAAGGAGGUGUCCCCAUGGCCUGGCACUCGCUUGAGCGAGUGCGGUCUGCCCCAGGCCUGCAGCCAUCCUUGUCGCAUAUGAGGAAUCACUCCUUUCACUGGAGCAGUGCUGAUCCUGCUACCUGGACCUGCUCAUGAGUAAGCCUAAGGACCACAAACCUCCAAAGAGGAAAGAACCUCCUUCCAAACCUUUUCUGUGGGGGGGAAAAUAGGACUUGGCUGCUUGAGAAUCCUUGGUUGGGACUGCUUUUUAAACCCUAUCCCGGGUUAAAAAAAAAAAAAAGUACCCCAGCCAUUAGCUCUCCUCCCGGCCCUGUGAUGGGGUGCCCUGAUUCUUUUGCCACAUGGAGUGUUUGUAUUUGUAAACAUACACCAUUGUUGCUUCGUUCUUCAGGAGCAAAGCACUUAGUGCCCAUCCUGUCAUCCCAUCCCCUUUCCCUCCUGCUUGCCAGGUGGCGGGGAGCAAGGGACAGAGUGGGGAGAGGGAAUGCCCUUGUGUGACUGUGCCGCUUGACAGGCUUGGGAUGGGAUGUGGUGGCGUCCCUGUUGCCGGGCAACUCCAUUCCUGGAUAGGGGACAGGAUGGGUGGGGCUGGUGCUCAGAGAGGUGGCCAGCGAAAAGUGCCACAACCAUGGAGUGGCCGCAAUUACAGGUGGGUCUGUGCUUGCUGUUUGAAAAUCACACUAAACCACAGUUAUGGUGGUGUCCAGGAUCAAAUGUAAGACUUCAGCGGCCAAACCAGAAGUCUUGGCAGUGAAACUUUGUGCAAACCAAAGGUUCAAAUUGGUGUUUGUUGGGACAAACUUCAUGUUGUUUUUGGCUCGAAACCACAGUUUCACAAAUUUGGACGUAAUGGAGUUCCAACCUCUGCCUGUUUAACUCCGGUUUCAUGUGACAUCUGAAUUUGGGCGGUGGCUCACAUACAGCCCAGUGAGCUGCCUCUCUAAGCGCAAGGCAGGCUCGCUGCUUCCAUGGCCCUUUAAACCUCGCCGGUGCAGCUUGCCAAAGCAGGGAGGCCCCAUGCCUAUUAAAGAGCACAUCCUUGCACUCCUGCUUCUACUUCCAUUGAAAAUAAUGGGGGAGGAGUGGAAGUGCAAGGACACACUCCUUAGUAGACACAGAACCUCCCCAUCUUCGCAAGCCAUGCUGGCAGGGUUUCACAUGCCAUGGAAGCAGCAAGCCUGUGGCUUAGGCCACAUGCUCUGGUAUCUGAGCCAAUAGUACUCGUGAUUAUAGUUCAGCAUACACCUAAGUAUUCCAAGCUAGGCUCUUCACUUUUCCGUCAAAGCCUAAUGUUGCAAAAACUGUGCACCCCAAUUCAAUGAAUAGCAAAAGCACUCUUGAGGAUUGGACUGAGUAGACUUCCUUAGGAAUACAGUGCAGAAAGAUUAGAUUUAACACAUUAAUUUGGGGUUUAUGUAAAGUUUAACAGAGCUGUACAGUGUAAACAUCAUCAAUGCAAAUAAAUUUAAACUUGACAAGAACCAGAAUGUCUUGGCUAGCAUUUAUAAAACUUCAUUUAAACAGGAAUCCAGCAGUAUUGUGUAUGAAACAAAGCUGUCUAAAAUCAUAAAGUCAAUCUUGUAUAUUUACACAGAGAUCAUAUAUAGAAGAAAUAAUUUGGCUUGGUUAUCUAAGGUUUACUGCAAUCAUUCUCUGUAAUUCAGUACUAAAAAUAGUGUCCUGAGACAGUUUAGAAGCUACAGCUAUCAUUGUUGGUAGUAAUCCAUUGUAAUCUUCCCAUUAGUUACUAUAUUAAGACAGUAAUUCAUCCAUUCAAGUACCUGAAAAAGAUGCAUGAAGACAUGUGAACAUAUGGAGGCUAUACUCACAACUGGGCCAGGGAUGGGGGUCAAGGCAGAGGCAGCUGGAUUUCACCUCCCCCCCCCUUCAGACGACCAUUGACGUUCUCUUCAGUGUGCCGCCGCACAGACAAACAAUCCACGCUGCACGGCGACAUGUCUCAGCCUCGAGGAAUCCCACAAUGCACCACACAGAAAGCACUGUGCAUUGAGGGAUUCCCCCGGGAGUUGGGUGCUCUAGGUGCCCAACUCAGUGUAUGCUCGGGCUGUAUGCAGCCCAAGCAUACACAUGACCCUGUACCUGGGGAAAAGGGCGCCCUUGCACCCUUUAACCCAGUUAAAAGCCCAGGUACAAAACCCAGGCUUGCAGAGGAAACAGCGCCAGGAUCGGGCUCAAUCCCGGCACUGCACGCAAGAAGCCAUACCCAGGUAGGGCUUCCUUAACAUGGGUAGGGCUUUUCUUGUGCAUAGCCUUAUUGCUAUGCACUUCCAGCUUCCCCCAAGCAGGGAGAAGUUCCUGGAAUAGUGUUAUCAGUGUCCUUUGGAUGACAGAUUGCUAGAGACUUGUGGUCCCUCCUAUUUGCGUUAUUUACAAAUAUACAAGCAGAGUGUAGAAUGGGGACAAACAGGCACUCCAAUAAGGUAGCAGAUCCACUACUCCACAUGAUCUCCCUCAACAGAGAGACUGCAAUUCAUGCUUCAGCAACUUGCAGCUCUCUCUGCCCGAACAAAUUUGUUUUUAAUAAACAUCCCCUCCCAUGCAGAUUACUAAUCUCAGAUCCCACCCUUGCCCAUUCCAGGAAACAGCCGUUAGGGAAGCAUUCCUUUGUCAAAUUCUGGAUUCUAAUUGGGCAAAAUCAUACUGAUUGACAAUUCGGAGUAAGCAGGCAACACAUUUGCAGAAUUAUGAAGCUGCCUUACACAGUCAGACAAUUGGUCCCUCUAGUCUGUACUCUGACUGGGAGAUCUUUUCCAAACCUAAUUCCUAAGAUGCUUUUAACUGCAGAUGCUAAAGAAUGAACCAGAGUCCUCCUUUAUUUAAAGUCUGGACUUUUACAACUGAGCAGUGGUGCCUUGGCAUAUUCACUGACAUGUUUUUUAAAAGUGUUGGUGAAGUUCUUCUCUUAAUGUUUUACCUUUUGGUAAAUCAGCUUUUAUACCCUGCUAACUGAGCAAAGAGGCACCUUUAAAAAGUGGUGAUUCUCUUUACUUAGCAGGGGGAGAGCAACUGGCCCUAUCUGUCCCCAGCUCAGCAACCCUCCGGUGCCUGAUGCUGGUGUCUAUCUCAUGAUUCUUUUUUAGAUUGUGAGCCCUUUGGGGACAGGGAGCCAUUUUAUUUAUUUAUUUAUUUAUUUAUUUCUAUGUAAACCAGUUUGGGAACUUUUGUUGGAAAGCGGUAUAUAAAUAUUUGUUGUAUCCGUAUACCACACCAUUUAUACCCCAAAGCACUUUAUUUCCCUAUUACCACCAUACAUUUCAGUGGGGCUUCUAAAUGAAGUUUCUACUCUUGUCUGGUUUGCUGUAGAACAAACUAGUGUGUGAAAAUUUUGAUGACAUUACUUAAGCACUGGCAGAUAUGAGUGUGCUCUGGUUUUAAGCUAAAAUUAGGUUCCAACAGAAAGUUUAUUUUAUGGUCUUGCUUCUCUUCUUCUCUUUCCUUUAUUUGAAUGUUCAAAACUGUUGGAAGAUGACUUCUUAAUAAAUGUCAUAAAUGUUCAUAAAUGUCCUAGAUAAAUAGAGUGGCAUGAUCAGGCAUUGCUUUGGGUGAACCUUAAUUAUACUGAAGGACAAUGGUUCUCAUUAAAAAAUUUACCUGUAUGGGAUCCGGAUUUUGUGGAGUUCCGCUUUGGACCAUUUUUUAUGAUGUGUAUUUGAGAGGCAGACAGCAUCCAAUUUAGAGGGAAGAGAAAGUUGCUUCAGCUUAAAUCAUUGACUGAUGUCCUGACUAACGAAGGGUGUAUGCUUUGAGGGGCUGCGGGGGCACAAUGGAAGCCCUACUCCCCCAUUCCCCUGCAAUCAAGAAUUCCAAGUGAUCCCUGCACCCUAGAAGGGCUCUGCAAGAUUGGAAAUGUGUCAUUCAGCAACAUGUUUUUGAUCUUGCAGAAACCUUCUGGAGUGCAGAGAGCACUUGGGGCUCUAGUGACUCUUGCGCAAUAGCGUGUGCAGGGGGGUGGGGGAGUUCCUGCAGGUCUUCAAAGCUCUCAUGCCAGUAUGAAGUCCCCUUGCACCUCCAACUUGGCUGUCGUGGUAAACAAGUGGAUUAUAUUUGCUGUGCUGGUCUUUGAUUGUAAUAAACUAAAUUGAAUUGAUUAUAUUUGAGAAAUUAAUAAGGCACAGAUUCAUAUAUGCUAUGGGGUCCGUUUUGGCCCUGUUCCAGAAUAUGAUGUGCUCCUGACAAAUGAUGAGAUUGUUGCAUUAUGUGAAGAUUCUUUAUAAAACCUCCAUUCUUGAGUAGAGUCAUUUGUGUAACACUGCCAGAUCUUCAGUCUUCAACACAUACACACAAAUGUUUUUUUAAAAAAAGGUGUGAUAAAAAUCAGAUUAGAAAAGACUGAUAAUGAGCUUGUAUAUUCUAUGAAAUAAGAGAAAAUUUAUUUUGUUAGAACAUUAUUACCCCAAGUGAUGAAGAUGAAAAGAAAUUAUAUAUUUGAAAUCCACCUUGUUCUGUUGUUUUCAUGAUUAUGUGAUAAUAAAAUUGUGUUAUGUUU